AUGUCCACAGUUGUGAAACCUGAGAGCAAUCCAACGCCAUUGAACACAUCCGACACACCGAAGCCCAAGGGACUGGCAUUCUGGCUGGUCAUUUUUUCGCUGUGCUUGAUAGCUUUCACCUCGUCGCUUGAUGGGUCAAUCAUCGCAAUAGCCCUCCCGGAGAUAUCCACGGCGCUCUCUUCAGACGACAAAUACAUCGGUAUCGCGAAUUGCUUCGUUCUCGCGCAAACCGUUGUGCAGCCUGCUUUCGCGCAGUUUUGCGACGUUUUCGGUCGACGGUGGCCAAUGAUCACCGCAGUGGUGAUCUUUGCGGUGGGUAGCGGCAUUGCUGGCGGAGCAAACGAUACAACGACUAUGAUAGCGGGGCGUACAAUCCAAGGGCUUGGGUCCGGUGGUAUCAUGCUGAUGGUGGAAUUGAUUGUUUGUGAUCUGGUGCCGUUGAAAGAGCGAGGGACUUACCUCGGUGUCGUACUGUCCGUCGCAGCCCUUGGGGCUAUUGCCGGCCCUAUCGUCGGCGGUGCACUGGCGGAGAAAGAUUGGAGAUGGUGUUUCUUCAUCAACCUGCCCAUCUGUGCGUUAGUCCUCCCCAUACUCGUUGUCUUCCUUCGUAUCCGCCAUCAUAAAAUCUCCUGGUCCCAACUUCUCACUCGCAUUGACUGGACUGGAAACGUGAUCUUCAUCGGAUCCAUUUGCGCACUUCUUCUAGGCUUAGUCUACGGUGGUACCAUUUACCCAUGGUCAUCGUGGCGUAUCAUAACACCUCUCGUUCUCGGGACGAUGGGUUGGGUUGGUUUCCAUUUUUACGAGACCAAAUGCCAAAACCCUUGCGUACCACCACGCGUAUUCGCCAAUCGUACCUCUUCCGCAGCAUUCUACAUGAUAUUUGUUACCUCAAUGGCAUUGCAGUGGGUGUGCUUUUUCUGGCCAGUGUACUUCAUGGCGGUUCGAGGUACCUCACUCAUGGGCACGGGCGUCAACUUCAUGCCCUUCAUGUUCCUCCUGAUUCCAGGAUCAGCAGUCGCUGGUAUUAUAUUGUCAAAAACCGGACACUAUCGCAGGCUCCAUCUCAUUGGGUUCGUGCUUAGUACGAUAGGACCAGGACUCAAUACGCUAUUGACGGCCGACACGCAUGCUGGAAUAUGGGCAACCUUUCAGAUCAUCGACGCGGUUGGAAGAGCUAUGAUUCUUCCAACAACACUCCCUGCUGCACUUGCCGCCCUCACGGAAGAAGACGUUGCAGCAGCUACAGGCGUAUAUUCUUUUCUACGUAGCUUUGGUUACGUCUGGGGGGUCACUAUCCCUGGUAUUAUCUUCAAUAACUAUUUUGACCGUAACAGGUUUAAAAUAUCGGAUCCCACCGUCCGAGAGGCUCUAAAAGGAGGAAGUGCAUACCAGUUCGCUACAGGCCCCUUCAUUCACUCGUUACCUAUAGUCACACGAACUCAAGUUUUCACGGUAUACCUAAGUGCGCUGAAGGCGGUUUGGUUCGCUGCUAUGGCAUUCGGAGCUUCUGGCUUUAUUGCAGUGGCACUUGAGAAACAUGUUCCGCUCCGAACGAGUCUUGACACACAGUACGGGCUUGAUGCGGAAGGGAAGAGGCAAGAUAUGGAAGUUGUCAAUGAGCGGACCGAGAAAGAGAGAGAAUAA